AUGUACAAAAUUCAGCUGUUCCAGGAUGGUAAAAUAGAAACUGCUGCCAAACAUGAACUUGUGAAAGGCAUGCCAGAUGAAGAGUUUGGCUUUUUGUUUGAUGAACCCAUGCAUAUGGAUGCAACUGAGUCUGAAUUCAGUACAAAUGAAAAUGUGUGUGUGCCCCAACCACCUCUCAUCCCCCAACCACCUAUCAUCCCCCAAACACCGACUGCUGUACGAGCCCCUCCAAAAACUGCCUCCUGUACUAUGACAAGAUUUGUGUCGGUCGAUGAUGACGAGGUUGACAAAUUUGUUCACAACAAUGAGAACAACAAUACUAGGAAAAAAACAUUGUGUCACAUGAAAUUAUCAAAAACAUUUCUGUCUGAAAAUGGAGAAAUGAGGGAAACCCACAAUAUACCUCCAAUGGAACUGGAUACACAUUUGUCCAAAUUCAUGAUAGGCGUCCGGCAAAAAAAUGGUAACAAUUAUCAACCAAGUGUUUUACGAGGGAUGCUGGGGUCCUUUGAGCGAUAUCUCAAAAGACACAGGUAUGGCACUAGUCUCGUCUCAGGAUAUGAAUUUUCCAAAACACGUGAAGUAAUGCGGGCUAAACAAAAGGAGUUGAAAAGGCAGGGCAUGGGUAACAAGCCUUUUGCAGCAGAUGCCAUCACUAACAGUGACAUUGAUUUGUUAUACAAAACUAAACAACUGGGCUGUUCCACACCUGCAUCGUUGAUAAAUACACUGUGGAUGAACAACACUACACAUUUCGGAAUGAGAGGUGGUGGGGAAGAACACAGGGCACUGUGCUGGGGUGACAUCCAACUCCAUUAUGACAAUGACUUGUGUUUAGAAUAUAUUGUUCAUAACGAAAGGCAAACCAAAACACGCACAGGUGAAGACACGAAUAAUACACGAAACGGUCAACCAAGAAUGUAUGAAACCCCCAACAACAAAGAACGGUGCCCUGUUACAGCGUAUAAACAAUACAGCGACAAACGUCCAUCAAACUUUUCCGCACCCCAGCAUCCAUUUUAUUUAGCGACGAUUACUCAUGUCAACAACCCUACCCUUGAUGAUCGAUGGUUUAUUCGAGGACCCAUCGGUCGCAACAAAAUUGGCCAACUGUAA